AGCACUUAAGAGCACACCAAAAAAGCAUCUAACUUAUCUCACUAGGUAUAUUCAUUAUAUUGUAUAUAGUCAUCAGCCAUACACUGCACACAGUCUGCAGCGACAUCACUAUAGUUUACUAUUGGGUUACAGCAGGCCUGCACGACUCUCUUGAUUAAUACUUAUCAUCUGCUGCGAAUUUUCAAAUUUGCCAAUUGAUACCUCGUUACACGCCUUUUCGAGCUGCAUAACGUUUAAAAUCAUCUCCAGGAGGUGCCCAGAUCUACAGCACAAGCCAUUUGAUUAUCAAGACGACGCUGAGUUUUCAUAGCAACAGCAGAAGUCCAGUUUCAGUUUUACACAUCAGGAACAACACUUUUCAGACGCUUCAACAUGACAGAUCGCAAAGCAGUGAUAAAAAAUGCCGAUAUGUCGGAGGAAAUGCAGCAAGAUGCAGUUGACUGUGCAACUCAAGCACUAGAGAAGUACAAUAUUGAAAAGGAUAUAGCAGCCUUUAUCAAAAAAGAGUUUGACAAAAAGUACAACCCAACAUGGCAUUGCAUCGUUGGCCGAAAUUUUGGCAGCUACGUAACGCACGAGACAAGACAUUUCAUUUACUUUUACUUAGGUCAAGUGGCAAUCCUUUUGUUUAAGAGUGGAUAGGCUAUUAAAAAUUUUCGUAAAUUCUCUUUUUCUCUUCUAUUAUUCAUGACUUAAUCUUUUGAGUUUCAACUCUCUCACUUUUUCCUCCUCAAACUUUCUAGUUUCACAUUGCAUGGUUCUUACCUAACUAAGAAAUCCUGUAACAAAUUCAUGUUUUCUCCAAAUAAAUUCCAGUAGCCAAAUCUUAUCUUAUUAUUUUAAAUAAUAAUUGUUUCAUAGUGUAUGUGUAUGUAUACACGUAUAUUGAUAAAUUAAAAUGGUUAAAUAUAGGUGUUAUUCAUUGCUAUAUAUAUCUCCCACAAUCGAUCAAAGCCAAUGAAAAUAAGUAAAAAUAUAUGUAAGUGUAGACACUCGUUUUGAUCGUUUCUUUGAUGCAUCAAGAGUCGAAUGAAUUUUCAAGAUAGAAGAGCAAGAGGAUAACUGGCAAAUACAUAAAAAUUUACUAUAAGGUGUCUAACUAUUUUACAUGUUACAAUGUACACACGCAAUACGGAAAAAAAUUGUUGUUCUCGUGUUUGUGUACUGUAUCAAUCUACUCAUGCACUUUUGCAAGUUGGACUGAGCACUGUAGUUUUGUUGAGAAACUUCGCUUCUAUAUAAAAAUGUAAUUUUGUUAAUUAU